AUGGUUCGUUUAUUAAUCUCAAGAAAUAAUGGUGAUCAAAGCUUAUGUUCCAUGCCAUUAGUAAUAGGUUUAUUUCUUUCAAUAAUAGCUCUCAUAGCCCUAUGUGCUGAACAUGGAAGAUCAAGAGCAUCAAGAAAAUACCAUAUGGCUAAUGAAGAAACAAAUGAAGAGAGAAUAUUAGCCUCAAAAUCACCAUUAUUACCUUCACCAAAGCAACUCAUCACAACUAUAAGCACUAAGAGCAUGCCAAAAAAGUGUGGUGAAAAAUCCAAUGUGAUAAAAAAUGGUUCAAAUGAAAGAGAAGGAUUUGGACAUGAAGAUGGAUUGUGGCAGAAACAAGUCUUGAUGGGUGAAAGAUGCCAGCCACCACAAUUUUCUGGGGUGAUUUAUUAUGAUCCUUUUGGAAAUAGGGUGUCUGAGCUUCCAAGAUCACCAAGAGCUAGUCCUAUGGCAAGAUCAUAUGCUUGUUGA